AUGUCAACAGCAGUAGCAAAUAUUAUCAAACUUCGAUUUCGUUAUUGGAAUUGUCGUGGUCUACUCGAGAAAGCAGCUGACUCGUGGUUGACACGCAAGUUUGAUGAAAGAAUCUCUGGACCAUUUCAUAAUUUACCUGUAUUACAUUGGAAUGAUACACAUAUUUUUGGUCAAACUUUAACAAUAGGACAAUUUUUAGCCCAAAAAUUCAAUUUAUAUGGUAAAUUAACGUCAUCGAUCAAUGAUAAAGAUCUUUUACACGGUUAUAUUGAUGGUGUUGUUUCAUGUGCAUAUACUGAUGUUAUAAUAAAUAUUUUGCAAUCUAUAUGGACAAUGAUUGAUUUCGUUGAUGAAACUAAUCCAAUGAAUCUUUUAGUAAAACAAAUUUCCAAUGAUUUAAAAACAUUGAAUACUUUACUUCAAAAAAAGUUCAACAUCAUUUUAUUAUGA